ACAUGGACCUCAACUAAAUAUUACUUACAUAACAUACUCUGCUACAUAAAGAUAUUUUUCAAAAUGUUUAGAUGCCUAUCUCUAAUUAAUUCAAAAUAUUCAGCCCUUUCCAAUGUGCUCAAGUGCACUUGCUUGAAUAUUCAAAGCUCUGUAAAGAUUAAAGAUGUCAACAUCUUUAAGGUAACUUCAGUUCGUGGGUUUGCUGAAGCUGUGAAGAAGGCAACUUUUAGUCGUGAGAAACCACAUGUGAACAUAGGAACCAUAGGUCAUGUUGAUCAUGGAAAAACCAGUUUGACUGCAGCUAUAACCAAAGUGUUAUCGGGGGCUGGAAAGGCAAAGUACAAAUCUUACAAAGACAUUGACAAUGCCCCCGAAGAGAAAGCAAGGGGGAUAACGAUCAACACUGCUCAUGUUGAAUACGAGACAGAGAACAGACAUUACGGUCAUGUGGAUUGUCCUGGUCAUGCAGAUUAUAUAAAGAACAUGAUUACUGGUGCAGCUCAAAUGGAUGGAGCAAUCUUGGUGGUAGCUGCGACAGACGGACAGAUGCCACAGACAAGAGAACAUUUACUGUUGGCAAAUCAGGUUGGAGUUAAGAAACUUGUUGUUUAUGUCAAUAAGGCUGACAUGGUUGAAGAUCAAGAAAUGCUGGAAUUGGUUGAGCUUGAAUUAAACGAGCUUCUUCCAUCCUUUGGCUAUGAUGAAGAUACUCCGAUUAUCAUUGGUUCUGCCUUGUGUGCACUUGAAGACAGAAAUCCUGAGCUAGGCGUGGAAUCCAUAAAGAAACUCCUGGAGGCCAUUGAUUCAUACAUUCCAACACCACCACGUGAUCUAGACAAACCUUUCCUCAUGCCCGUUGAAGAUGUUUACUCGAUUGCUGGCCGAGGAACAGUUGUGACAGGUCGCAUAGAAAGGGGCAUUGUAAAGAAAGGUGAUGAAGUACAAUUUGUUGGACAUAAAAGUGGAACUAAAACAGUUGUGACAGGUCUAGAAAUGUUUCAUAAAACGUUAGAUAGAGGAGAGGCCGGUGAUAAUUUAGGGGCACUUGUCCGUGGCGUUAAACGUGAUGAAGUGAAGAGAGGCGUUGUACUCUGUGCCCCAGGAUCGGUGACUUCACAUUCAAAGUUCCAAGCGGAGGUGUACAUUCUAAAGAAGGAUGAAGGUGGACGACAUAAACCGUUUGUUACUAACUACACACCUCAAAUGUUCGUGCGAACUGGUGACGUAGCAGCUACCAUUACUCUACCUGAAGACAAACAGUUCGUAAUGCCUGGGGAAAACGCUAACCUAAGCUUUCAGUUGAUGUGGGACAUGCCUCUGGAGGUUGGUUUACGGUUCACACUUCGUGAAGGUAGCAAGACCGUGGGAACUGGCGUUGUGACGCAACUGGGAGACUAGGAAACUGGAAACGAAUCCUUAAAUGUCGCACUGUAUUUAUCAAGAUAUUUUUAUUUCAAUGCAAUAUGUCGUGGUUUUACUUUUGAUUGCACUUGGUAUAUUUGUCAAAGCAGUCAUACUUAAUGAACUCUGAACUACGAUCAUGAAUUACGCAAAAUGGAUUGUAGGUAACUAGUAUGAGUGUUGUAUUGUAAGUGCUUUGUAAAGAAUGAUGAAAAUAAGAUUUCAUGAUCUGUGCA